AGAGCCUUCUGUAGAAGCGUAGCCGUCGGCGAAGAGAGAGGAGCAGGCAAAGCAAUUGCGGACGGAAACCCAGCCAGAGACCCAGCCAGAGCUGCCAGCAGACGAUCAGGAAAUGGGCAGGAGGAAAAUAGCGAUUGAGCCGUUGAAAAACGACCGGAACCGGACGGUCACGUUCACAAAGAGAAAGGCCGGCUUGUUCAAGAAAGCACACGAGUUGGCGGUGUUGUGUGAGGUCGACAUAUCGGUGAUCAUCAUCGGUCGCAACCACAAGAUCUUCCAGUACUCGUCGAACCGCACGGAGGACGUUCUGGAGCGGUACCGGGCAAACCCGAGCAACGUGUACGAGAGCAAGACGCCCAAGGACUAUGGGAACUACGAGCUCAAGAGCCGCAUCCUGGACGACGGGAUAGUGGGCGGCGGCGGCGGCAACCGACACAGACACACGAGCUCGGCGAACAGCAUCACGACUUCGUCGCUGGACCAACUGCAGAAGGGCGACCCGAGGGCGUACCACCACCUGCGGUCACGGAGCGACAUGGUCAACUCGUCGUCGUACGUGUCGAACGGCGGGAGCGCCGAGUACACGGGCGAGUACGACGGGGAGGGAGAGGAGGACGAGGAGGACGAGGAGGACGAUGAUGACGAUGACGCUAACGAGCACGAGCACGAGCACGAGAACAGCGGCAACGAGAACGGGCACGAGACCGUGCCCGUGCCCGAGAAUCACGGCUUUGAGGAGGCCGGACGGGUUGCAGGCAAGAAGCGGUCGGCCCGUCGCAUGAAGGUGUCGAGCCCCUCCUUCGACGGGUACGGUGAUUACGGGCACAAGGCGGCGCAGGAGCAGACACAAGAAUACCCCGCUGCUAAGAAGGUGAAGAUGGAACGAGAGGAAGAGAACAUUGCAGAUAUACCCAAGGUUGGCACCCCGUACGUCUAUGCGUCGCCGAUGGACCCGAAAACGCCAGAGAUGGAUCUGCACCACCAGGGCCCGAGCCAAAACCCGUACAUUGCCCACUCAAGCGCCAACGUGACGCCUUAUCACUCGUCCUCGGCCUUGAAGAGGUCAAAGUUGAAGGACAACAGCAGCGGCAGCAACAUGAAGCGGCCAACCUUGAGCUUGACCAUCCCUACAGUGGACAACCGACAGCUGUCGGACGCGUCUACAAUUACCGCGGCGGAGUCUUCGAACAAGUCGAACCUGACGUCAUUGUCGAACGGCAAGGACGGCGGCAGCCGCAAGAACAGCACAUAUACCAAGAACAACGAGAAUGUCGACAGCGGCAACCGCACCAACGGUGUACAGGGGCUUCCGCAGAAGAAGCAAGCUGCCGCUGGUGUUGGCGGAGAUAGUGGUAAGGGGGCCGGAGCAGAGGUGGCCAGCAGGGGGAAUGCCGGUGCCGGGAGCGACAAUAUGAACAUCACGUUGCCGAGCCCAACGUUCAACCUGACGUACACGACGAACAACUCCAGCGGCUCGAACGCCAAAAACAGACAGCCGGCGACCAGCAACUACGGCAACAGCACGCCGCUACCGAGUGCGCUGUUCAAGGACCGGAAGGCGCUGUACACACCCACAACGUCGACGUUCUUCAACAACCUGAGCAUGAUGAACGCAAGCAACCCGGGCGAAACGCCUGUGACGCAGAUGGGCUACUUCAACUUCAACAACAUGUCGCCCACGCAGCUGUUGGUGCCGCCCUUUCCGCUUCCGCCCUUGGCGACGGGCGGCUCCUAUGGCAGCGUGCCAACCGAGACACAGCAAAACAUAAAGAAUACCCCUGUCGCCGGCGAGAGCCCCGGCGAGCUGCGCCGGGGCAGCGGCAACCUCGACAAGGUGAACGGCAUGAACAUGAACAUGAACAACAACAUGAACAGUAUGAACAUGAACAGCAUGAACAGCAUGAACAACAUGAGCAACAUGAGCAACAUGAGCGGCGGCGCCGCAGACGCUGGACAAAAGACCCGAAUGACGCCUUCGCAGCUGCAGUCGGCCCAGGCGCAGACGCCCCACCAGCCGUUCCUGCCGCCAAUGAACUCCGCCACGUCUGCCUACUUCCCGCAGAUGCGCAUGCCCGCCAACCAGAGACACCCGGCGCACCCGACCAUCAACACCAACGUCAGCACCAGCGACCUUCCGACCCUAUCGGCAGAGCUCUCGGCACUGCCCUCGAGGUACGUCGACUUCCAGUCGCCCAGCACAAUCUUCACCCACGACUGGCAGCUUCCCACGGGGACCACUCCCAUCGUCUCCGGGCCUCCCCACCCGCUGCCGUUCGUGGGCACUGGCAACGCCAACGGCUCCGGCCCGCAGACAAUGUCCUCCAGCGGCACUGAACCCGACAUAAAGCUCAAGCCUGCGGCCGCCGCCGCCGCCGCCGCCGUCGGCUCCAACAAGGGCAACAAACACCUCUCCACGGUGUCGAAGUGACCUGUGUAGCGCUCCGCAAGCUGUAUACCACUCUAUAGAACCGUGCAAGACCACUAUCUCAUAACCUGUUGAAGUCUAGCUAUUCUGCUAUGAAUAUCCAUUGUAUAUUGUUCACCUUUUCUUAUACUUGUUGCUAUGUCUGCUCCUGAUUCUCGCAACGCAUCUGUCAUACUAUAUACGUAUACAUCGUAUGCACUCUCCCUUCUUUUCUCCUUCUUAUACUUUUCUUCUCUUUCUUUCUUUUCUCUAAACUUUAUCAUUCAAUGAGGUUAUAUCAUCCCAGAUUCAACCAUGUAUGCAAUAAAUCACUAUCCGACCGUCUAACCAGCCGGACUUUUAGUUGAAAUCGUAAGAUCCCACACCCGGGCAU